CCUCUUCCCUGUGUGUUUCUUGCUGUGUCUGGUUUUUUCUCUUUCUCCUCCCAUCUCCCUGUUGCUCCCUCUCUUCCUCGGUUCCCUCUGCCUUCAUCACUGCCUCUGUGACUUGACAAUCUUCUUUCUCAUGCCAUACCUCGUCAUCUUCGUCUCUUUACACUCUCCCUGUGAUUCCACCUUCCUCUCUCACUGAACCUCCAGGGAGGGGGAGGUGUGUGUUGCUUCAGUUUCUCGUCCCCUCCUGCCUGCUGUUCCGCCACAUCUCCCCCGCCUCUCCCCACCCCUCAUUCGCAGCAAGUAUGACAUCUGGCUGGGCCGCAAUACUCUCUCUGACGAAGACCAGUGGAUCCAGUCUAUACACAGCUUUCCACACCCCAAAUUCCACAUGAAACUGCUGCAUGAUGUCAUCACCCCUCAGAGUGACUUUGGCCAUGACAUCAUGCUGGUCCGCCUGAACAGACCUGCCAGGAUCACAGACACUGUUAGGGUGGUGGGCCUCCCCACUGAGGAACCCAGACUGGACAGCACCUGCUACACGUCUGCCUGGGCCAGAGGCUACCCAAACAAACCCAAGAAGCCAGUGGAUUUCUUGUGUUUGGAACUCAGAGUCAUAUCUAAUGACAUGUGUGUCAGAACCCUCGGCCAGAUGGUGAACAGCUCCAUGCUGUGUGCUGGGUACUCGAGAGGCAUCACAGGCAUCUGCCAGAGUGACUCAGGGGACCCACUGAUCUGCAACGGUACUCUACAGGGAAUCGCACUAUGGAACAAAAACCCAUGUGUAAGGCCCCGUUCCCCCUCCUGGUACACCAGUAUCCUGCCAUAUGUGAAGUGGAUCAAGGCCACCAUGGCAGCCAACCCCUGAAUGCCCUGCA